GCCGCCACUCCUUUAGACUCUGGACGUGCGGGGACUGGCUGGGCUCGGCCUCGCGUUAUAAAAAGCGGCGGGGCCGGGCGGGGGAGACAGCCCAGGAGGCGGGUACCCGGCCUCGUGGAUCCGCGCCGCGCCCCCACCUGUGGCUGCGCGCGGGGCGGGCUGUGCUUCCCGGGGCGGCGCCUGGUGCCAGCGGCCAGUGGCGAGAUGGGCCGCUACUCGGGCAAGACGUGCCGGCUGCUCUUCAUGCUGGUGCUCACCGUCGCCUUCUUCGUGGCGGAGCUGGUCUCCGGCUACCUGGGCAACUCCAUCGCGCUGCUCUCCGACUCCUUCAACAUGCUCUCCGACCUGAUCUCGCUGUGCGUGGGCCUGAGCGCCGGCUACAUCGCCCGGCGCCCCACCGGGGGCUUCCACGCCACCUACGGCUACGCCCGCGCCGAGGUGGUGGGCGCGCUGAGCAACGCCGUCUUCCUCACAGCGCUCUGCUUCACCAUCUUCGUGGAGGCCGUGCUGCGCCUGGCCCGGCCGGAGCGCAUCGAUGACCCCGAGCUGGUGCUCAUCGUCGGCGCCCUGGGGCUGUUGGUCAACCUGGUGGGGCUGCUCAUCUUCCAGGACUGCGCCUCCUGGUUCUCGUGCUGCAGGCGGGGCCGCGGUCGCUGCCUGCAGCAGCGUCAGCAGCUGGCGGAGGACUGCGCUCCCGGUGCUUUCGGGGGACCCCAGGGCCCGGAGGACCCGCGGCGCGCAUCGGCCCCAACAGCCCCCGGCUCUGACUCGGCCGUAACCCUUCGGGGGACCUCGGUGGAAAGAAAGCAGGAGAAGGGGGCGACCGUGUUCUCAAACGUAGCAGGUGAUUCCUUCAACACCCAGAAUGAGCCAGAAGAGAUGAUGAAAAAAGAGAAAAAGUCUGAAGCUCUGAAUAUCAGAGGUGUACUUUUGCAUGUGAUGGGAGAUGCCCUGGGGUCCGUGGUUGUGGUCAUCACGGCCAUCAUAUUCUAUGUGCUUCCCCUGAGGAGUGAGGACCCGUGUAACUGGCAGUGUUACAUUGACCCCAGCCUGACUGUCCUCAUGGUCAUCAUCAUUUUGUCAUCUGCCUUCCCACUCAUCAAGGAGACCGGUGCCAUUCUGCUGCAGAUGGUCCCCAAAGGAGUCAACAUGGAAGAGCUGAUGAGUAAACUCUCUGCUGUGCCUGGAAUUAGCAGUGUACAUGAAGUACACAUCUGGGAACUUGUAAGUGGAAAGAUUAUUGCCACCCUGCAUAUCAAGUAUCCUAAGGACAGGGGAUAUCAAGAUGCUAGCACUAAAAUUCGAGAAAUCUUCCACAGUGCGGGAAUCCACAAUGUCACCAUCCAGUUUGAAAAUGUGGACUUGAAGGAACCCCUGGAGCAGAAGGACGCACUGUGGCUGUGCAACUCACCCUGCAUCUCCAAGGGCUGUGCUAAGCAGCUGUGUUGUCCCCCCGGGGCACUGCCUCUGGCCCAUGUCAAUGGCUGUGCUGAGCACAAUGGUGGGCCCUCUCUAGACACAUAUGGAAGUGAUGGCCUCUGUAGAAGAGACACAAUGGAAGUGGCUAUUGAAGUGUCUUUGGACAGCUGUCUGAGUGACCACGGACAAACUCUUAACAAAACUCAGGAGGACCAAUGUCAUGUCAACAGCACGCACUUUUAAUCUGGUACCCAUAUAAUCAGACUGUAUAGACAAGGCACUUUGGAACCACCAGCGUGGCUCAUAAGAAGAGCUUUCCGGGUUGUAGGCUCAGACCAGACUUGCAGUGUGCAUGCUCUGUGUUCACUAGGGGUUGGCUGUUUGGGAUUUUAGUUAAACAUGUCUGUGAAUUUUAUGUAACUGGUAACCCCUUUCUAUUCCCCUGGGUGUCUCAUGCUGCUCUUGACUGUUUCAGCUUGAACAUGCGUUUUUCUAAAGCAAACUGCGCUGGUGUAUAUAUCAGGGAUAUUCAAGUCUGGGCCUGGGACUCAAUAACUGCAGAUACAGUGUUCAAAGAAGUUCUUGUUUCUAAACUGAUUAGAACUUCUAGCUGAUGCUCAGGUGAGAUCAUAGCUUAAAUACAUUGAAAAAACUAAAGUACCACAAUAGCUGUAUUUUCCCAUUCCCCUUAAUGAUCAUAAAAGAGGCAAGUUAGGUAUUUCUGGCACUAAAGAAAUAUCUUUUUCUUUGAUUCAUUUUCAAAUAAAUAUACAAUGAAUAACUCUUAA